AUGAGCUUAAUAGUUCGCCAAAGAGUAGGGAUGCAUGAUGAGUCCCUUACUUAAUCAAUACAAUCUAAGAAUAUAUAAAAAAAAAGUAAGGUUUUUUAUAAAAAUAGAACCCUAAACAAGAAAACGUCACUCAUAAAAACAACUCAUCUCUUUAGUUUCAGUGCCAAAACCAUUUAAAGAACAUGUCUACAUCAAAUCGAAUGUAGAACUCAAAUUAGCUCUUUCUUUUAUACCAGAUCAUUGUCUAGGCGCUUUAAAAGAAACACCCUGCACCUAUAAUUAUAGAGUCUCACGCACUGACCAAAUUGAUGACGUCUACUUUUACACUCUUGAAUUACUAGACCAAGCCAACCACUCCAUUGAUCAAAUCAUUUAACUGCUUUCUCAUCAAACUGACCCUCAUGCUAUUAAGGCAGCCUAAUUAGUCCAGGAACGACACAAGAUCAUCCAAGAAUAUACUUAAUAACCAUAUAUUUCAAAUGAAGAUCUACUUGAUGUCGAAAAAAUAGCUCAAGAGUAUCCUUAUCAAUGUACGAUCCAAAAGGUUAAUAAGGAUUCCAGUUCUUUGUCUUAGAGAAUUGUUAAUGAUUAAUUCUAUACUCUUAUGGGAGUGAGCAAGGAAAUGAUGUUAAAUCACUUGCAUGAGACCAAAACACUUCCAUCUAUUUUCGAUCUUGGGCCUUCUCUGAAAAUAUGGUGUGAUCUUUCUGCCAAUUCGAUUCAAUCAUUUCGAUCAUUUGAGACCUAUAUUAACACUUAUGAAGGUGCUCAAUACAAAUGCACUGUAGAAUAGAGACAAAUGUUUAAAAGAACACAAGUCAACCCAAAUCAAAUCGUGUUCAUUGAAUUUUGGCUCUUUAAAGUCGAUGAACCCCUUAAAUCCUUUCUCAUGAAUCCUUAACGGAUAUACUAGAACCAAAUUGACUACUUUAAUAAGAAAAAUACUCAACAAGAGUAUGAGAUUUUCUAACAAUCCAUGAAUUGUAAGCAAACCCUUCUAUAUAAAAACAAGAACCCUUGUGGAUAUAAAGAACUAGCAUGGAUUUGA